CAGUGAUUCUGUCAUGGUUACAAUAGAAUGUGGUAACGAACGGCAGCUAUGAAAACCCAACGGGAACGACUCAGAAUACCAGGGUUGACCUUGGACCUCACGCCAAGAAGCUUGAGUCCUACUCCUACAAGCCCAUGCAGUCCAUGCAGUCCACUCCAUGCUUUCCACUUUUGGAGCUGUCGCACCAAUAACCGGAAAAGCUUGAUAGGAAACACUCAGUCUUCAGCUCUUCCUCGACCUCACUCGCCUCUCCCGACUCAUUCAGCAGGAAGCAGCCCUCAAGACAGCCCAAGAAAUUUCUCUCCCAGUGCCUCAGCUCAUUUUUCAUUCGCUCGAAGGACUGAUGGACGCCGCUGGUCUUUAGCUUCCCUCCCAUCAUCUGGCUAUGGCACCAACACCCCAAGCUCCACAGUAUCCUCAUCUUGUUCAUCUCAGGAGAAACUGCAUCAGCUGCCAUAUCAGCCAACUCCUGAUGAGCUACACUUUCUUUCCAAGCAUUUCUGUAGUACAGAUGCCAUUUCCAAUGAUGACAGACGCAGACCCCCUACAAUGCGGCCACGCUCCAGGAGCCUUAGCCCUGGACGUUCACCAGCCUGCUGGGAUAAUGAGAUUAUCAUGAUGAAUCAUGUCUACAAAGAGCGAUUCCCAAAGGCCACAGCCCAGAUGGAGGAGAGGCUGCAGGACAUUAUCACCAGCUACUCUCCUGACAACAUUCUUCCAUUGGCAGAUGGAGUCCUCAGUUUUGCACACCAUCAGAUCAUUGAGCUGGCACGAGAUUGCCUGGAUAAAUCCCGACUGGGCCACAUCACAUCAAGAUACUUCUUUGAAUUACAGGAAAAACUAGAAAAAUUGUUGCAAGAAGCUCACGAGCGUUCUGAAAGUAGUGAAGUCGCAGUUAUUGAUCAAUUGGUCAAGAAAUUAUUGAUCAUCAUUGCUCGCCCAGCUCGACUGCUGGAAUGUCUGGAAUUUGACCCUGAAGAAUUCUAUCACUUGUUGGAAGCAGCAGAAGGCCAUGCUAAGGAAGGACAAGGCAUUAAGACAGACAUUCCCCGGUAUAUCAUCAGUCAAUUGGGCCUAACUAAGGAUCCCUUGGAAGAAAUGGCCCAGCUGGCUAGCUAUGAUAGUGGGACAGCAGGAACUCCUGAAACUGAUGACUCGAGCUUCGGUCCCUCGGUACAAAGUCGACGUAAACCCCGUGAAAGUGAUUUUGAAACCAUGAAACUGAUCAGUAAUGGAGCAUAUGGAGCUGUGUAUUUGGUGCGCCACAAACAGACAAAGCAGAGAUUUGCAAUGAAGAAAAUAAACAAACAGAACCUGAUUCUUAGAAACCAAAUCCAACAAGCGUUUGUAGAAAGAGAUAUCCUGACAUUUGCAGAAAAUCCAUUUGUUGUCAGCAUGUAUUGUUCCUUUGAAACCAAGCGCCAUUUAUGUAUGGUGAUGGAAUAUGUAGAAGGAGGUGAUUGUGCCACGCUGCUGAAAAACAUGGGACCUCUGCCAGUAGACAUGGCCAGGAUGUACUUUGCAGAGACUGUUCUUGCUUUGGAAUAUCUCCAUAACUAUGGAAUUGUGCACAGGGAUCUGAAACCAGAUAAUUUGCUUGUAACAUCUUUAGGUCAUAUAAAGCUGACUGACUUUGGACUGUCAAAAGUUGGGCUGAUGAACAUGACCACUAACCUUUACGAGGGACACAUUGAGAAGGAUGCCAGAGAAUUCCUAGACAAGCAGGUUUGUGGAACUCCAGAAUACAUAGCCCCGGAAGUAAUCCUACGGCAAGGGUAUGGCAAACCGGUAGACUGGUGGGCAAUGGGAAUAAUCCUUUAUGAAUUUGUGGUUGGAUGUGUGCCUUUCUUUGGAGAUACCCCCGAAGAGCUCUUUGGGCAAGUGAUCAGUGAUGAGAUAAACUGGCCCGAAGGGGAUGACACGCCACCACUGGAUACUCAGGACCUCAUUACUAUGCUGCUCAGGCAGAACCCACUGGAGAGACUGGGGACAGGUGGUGCCUAUGAGGUAAAGCAGCAUGAUUUCUUCCAUGGGCUGGACUGGAAUGGGUUGCUCAGGCAGAAAGCAGAAUUCAUUCCUCAGUUGGAGUCUGAGGAUGAUACCAGUUAUUUUGACACUCGAUCUGAAAGAUACCAUCACAUGGAAACUGAGGAAGAGGAUGAGGCAAAUGAGGAGGAUUUUAACCUGGAAAUCAGACAGUUCUCUUCCUGCUCCCAUCGAUUUAACAAAGUUUACAAAAGCAUGGACCGAAUAUCGCAUGUUGAUGAGAAAAAGUAUACUGAGAGGAUACAAGGGGAUGAGAAGGAUACUGCUGGAGACAGAGUAAAAAAUGUCAAUACACUGCAUGUUGAAUCACUCACCUGGACUCCUGAAUACUCUGAAAUGCAGCACCUGUCUCUGUCCCACUCCUCAAGUCCUGAGAGUAACAACUGUUAUCGGCGCUCUGGACUGCUGCCGAGCUUCGCUAUUUCUGCUGAAGAGGAUGACUCUCUGUCACAGGGAGAUUCUCACAGAGGGCACGACAAGGUCAUGUUUUCUAUCGGGACAUCUCAGGAUGAGACUGACGUUACCACUCCCAGCACAAUCAGCGGCUCCACCCUUUCAGUUGGUAGUUUUUCAGAGCAUCUGGAUCAGAUUAAUACCAGGAGUGACUGUGUGGAAAGUGCAGAUAAUUCUUCAAAGGCUGCAAGUGACAACAUUUCCCAGUUGGCCCGUCAGCGAUUAGAAAGCACAGAGAAAGAGCGAACAACAGGCAAAGUGAUCAAAUCAGCCUCCGCCACCGCACUCUCCCUCAUGAUCCCAGCAGAUGUUUUUGGGGCAUCUCCACUGGCCAGUCCAAUCUCCCCACAUUCCCUCUCUUCCGAUCCUUCAUCGAGGGAUUCAUCCCCCAGUCGGGACUCCUCCACAAGCUCUGGAAGCCCAAAACCUCCAAUAAUUAUCUACAGCUCAGGAAAGAAGUACGGUUUUACACUACGAGCAAUUCGGGUCUAUGUGGGUGACAGUGACAUUUACACAGUUCACCAUAUUGUUUGGAAUGUUGAAGAAGGGAGUGCGGCUCAUGUGGCAGGAUUGAAGGCCGGAGACCUCAUUACCCAUGUAAAUGGCGAGCCAGUCCACGGCCUUGUUCACACUGAGGUGGUGGAGCUUCUUGUCAAGAGUGGGAAUAAAGUUGCUAUCAUAACCACUCCGUUUGAGAAUACAUCUAUUAGAACUGGGCCUGCACGGAGACACAGCUACAAGAGCAGAAUGAUGAGGCGAAGUAAGAAAACCAAAAAAAAAGAAGGUCAAGAAAGGAGGCGAUCAAUCUUCAAAAAGUUUGCUAAGCAGCCUUCCAUCCUCCACACCAGCCGCAGUUUCUCGUCAUUGAACCGUUCCCUUUCCUCCAGCGACAGCCUGCCUGGCUCUCCCACACACAGCUUAUCUCCUAGGUCACCGACGCAAAGCUUCCGCUCAGCCCCCGAUUUUCAAUCUGGCACAAAUUCCUCACAAAGCAGUUCUCCCAGCUCAAGUGCUCCGAAUUCCCCUGCUGGCUCUGGGCAUGUUAGACCAAGCACUCUCCAUGGAUUGGGCCCAAAGCUUGGCGGACCGAGGUACAGAUCUGGGAGGCGGAAAUCAGCUGGCAGUAUCCCCCUGUCCCCUCUGGCACGAACCCCCUCUCCUACACCCCAGCCAACAUCUCCCCAGAGGUCUCCGUCCCCCUUGCUGGGGUACUCCAUUGGGAGCUCAAAAAUGGCCCAGACUUUUCCUGCAAAAAUGCACUCGCCACCAACCAUUUUGAGACACAUGGUUCGUCCUAAAAGCGCAGAGCCUCCGCGAUCGCCUCUAUUAAAGAGAGUGCAGUCAGCCGAGAAACUUUCCCCAUCUUACGGUUCGGAUAAGAAACAGCUGUGUGCUCGCAAACAUAGCCUGGAUACAGCUCCAACAGAAGGAAGGAAGGAGGCUUUGCAGAGAGAUCUGUGUUUGCACAGCUUGGAAGAAAAUGCAUACGAGCCACCCUCUGUGACCAGGGUGAGGCUGGUGGAACAGGGUUGUCUCAAACGCCCCGCGUCGCGGAAACUAGGGAGACAGGAGUCACUCGAUGAACUCGACAAGGAGAAGCUCAAGAUAAAAGUCGUCAUGAAGAAAGGCAACUGGAACGAAAGACGGGAAUCCUUUCAAAAACAGGAUGCUGUGCAGGAACCAAACUCUGGGCAUGAAUGUGUAGCUCACUUGACUGUAGAGGAGGGUCCGUGCGCUUCGGAAACGACUGAUGAUGCAAAGUUUACUGAAACGCUAAGUUCAAAUGUGCCGUGUAUGACAAGCAGCUUGUUGCCGUUAAAUUCUUCAAAAACAGUAGAUACAAGUUCUAUUGCUCGUCCUGACGUGGCCUCAGUGUUAGAAAGUGAUCCACAGACUGGAGACUCUGGGUGCACUCCAGGUAUGCUUGAAUCUGAGAGAUUUGGACAACCUUCCAAAACGCAUAAUAUUCCCUCUGUAGAGUCAGCCAAAUCUUGUGGACAGGGAGACGGUGUGGAAUGGACUGGAAAACAUACCAAGGAGUCCAAUAUUCACAAAAGGUUGGAAGCCAAGACGUCAAAUGUGGAAUUUUUGGGAAGUAAAAAAUUCUAUAGAGAAACUGAGUUUGGUAAGGAUUUGUCACAAUUGCUUAAGAGUGAAGUGACUCCUCCUGCCUUUAACAACAAUCAACCAAAGGCCCUAAGGUCUUUGAACAAACAAAAAGAAUCUGAAUCCAUCAAGAAAAGUGUUGCAUCGUCAAACAGCAGUCUCCCAUGUGGUGGACGAAGUAAUCUGAGCGUAUCGCUAGCGGAAUGUCCCAAACUAGUGAGUGGGAUGACUGAAGACGCCUUAGAGAAAGCACAAUUAAGUUUUAUGACCGAGAACAUCACGAGACAAAUGACUGAAUGUAAGAUGGAUGGCAGGUCAGUUCCAUGCUUAAAGCCGCUGGAAGGUACUCUUGAUAUCGCUUUCUUGUCAGGUCCAAGCACUUCAAAGGCAAGACAUGAACACAGCAAAUCUAUAAAGGGCACGACUUGCCAGAAAGCUAUCCUCAGUGAUAGAGCACGGCCUCCCUCUCUUUCAAAGAGCAUCACAAUUGAUGGUCUCUGUGCCAAGGUGGAUGUUACGAGGAAUGUUUCUCUCACCACACCACCUGAGGCAGCUCUAGCAAGCAGGAAGCUUGAGGUAAAGGAGGGCAGUCCGACACGUUCAAUAAAGCUCAGAAGUGGCAAGAACGAAAGCAAUCGUGUGUCCGCUGGCUCGAGUAUUAAAGGUGGCAGUCCAGAAAGGUGUGCAUCUUCUCAGAGAAAAGACACUGUGGACUUGAAGGACGAUGAGCAUGGCAGCCCUAAACAAUCAGGCGCUGUGAGAAAAGAAAAGCUUGGCAAAGAUGCUUCAAAUUUCUCCACUGAGCAGCACCAUUCUGCUUGUGGUACGAUUCCUGGAAUGGACACAGUCAACAAGAAGCAACGGUCCAAGGAAUUAUUGCAGGAAUUAUUGCAGGACAGUCGACCUAAGAAGACAUAGCGGAGAAACCUGGAGCUUAACACGGGUGGGGGGAGGGGGUGCGGGGAGUGAGCUAAACUGAAGGCAUCAAUAAACUGACAAUAGUAUGUUCACUAUUUUAUAAGCAUGAUAUUCUGUUUCUCAUUAAAUGAAGCAAGCUUUGGAUUUGUACUUUCAAGGGUGAAUGUGAUUUGCCCUUCCUGCACCCACCCCUCCUCCCUACUGCCUUGUUUAUAGUGACUGAUGGAAUUGUCAUAGUAUUUGUACGAGAUUUCUUGAAUGUCUGAAGUAUUCCAAUGAAAAAGAUCUUCUUUGUAGAUACAAUGCAACAAAUGACUUCGAGAUUUUGAAAGAGAGGGUAUAAUUUGUCCAUAAAGGAAUGUAAAACACUGCUUGUUCUCUGUGGUGACAUGAAUAAUUGUAUGGUUAAGAAGUGGUGAUGUUUUAUCUGUAACAAAUUUUUCACAAGGACCAAUAGUGGCAUUUAAUAAUCGUUGCUGUUUAAAUAAGGUGUUGUGUAGUAGUUGAAAAGCUUGCUGUUUUUAGCAGGUAAUGCUAAAAUGUACAUUCCUUUUGAAUGCAUCAAGUAGCUGUGUGCAAUUCACCUAAUAUCAUUUUGAUUGUAAGCAAAAUAAAAAUGUAAAUAUUGUCAACAAGGAGACGUUUCUGGGGUUUAAAAAAAAUGCAUUUCUGGAGUGUUUUUUGUUUGGUUAAAAGAACGGGGAACUGGCAGAACCACUCUACUGAACGGAAAUUACCUUUUUAAAAAAAAAAUUGCAAAACCUUUAUUUAUAAUUUUGGUUACGGUUAACAAAAAUAGUAGGGAUCAGCAACCAAUUCAUUUCUUGGGCAGUUUUUUUUNCGGGGUCUGGAUAAGUUGGAUUGCACAAGUAGACAGAGCACAUCAUUGUGCUGAGGCAAUGUGGAUAGUGCAUUACCAGGUACGUAAGACACUCUGUGAGGGAGGUACCGCCUCUUCUGCAACCUUUUAAAUCUGUGCUCUUAGCUAGUUUUAAAGCAUUGAACACUCGUUUACAAAUGCAUCAGAGGUGUAAAUAAAUAUAUGUGGCAAUGUUAUGUUUACCAAAUCUAUGUGCAGGGUUUUUUAAACCUCACAGGCUUGUAUUUGUAAGUAUUUAUGUUUUGGUCAUAACGUACCAACAAUCUAUUGAAUGUAUGCAGAAUGUGGGACUGUGUGGGAUCCAGUUUUGUUUUGUUGGUUGUCUUUGUGUUGUUGGGUCAAGUUAAGUGUGUUGUACCUGUUGGCUAGGAUUACUUGCUAUCGUUGAACCGAUGCUUAAAACGACAAUAUGAACUAAGCUGUCAGAACUGUGCAAUAAAAAGUGUUUGCAGCUGCUAUGUCUUGUUUUUUUCCACCACAGGAUUUUGUGAAUGUCAUUUAAUUGUUGUAUAGUAAUAAAAAAAUUUAUACUUAUGCAUUUGCAUAUCACAAAAAAUAAAUGGUUUUCA